CCUGGCGGGCCCAGCAUUUGAGCGAUCAACGGUUGGCCAAGAAGUAGUACCAAGUGCCCUGCGGAUUAGUACACCACUCUCUUCUUGCGGAAGUGUUACACAGGGCCAGGAAAGCGAAGAGGAGAUAUCCACCCCCGUCCAUCAUGAAACUCCAGCUAUUUGCGCUCGUUUGCAGCGCCCUCGCUUUGGCCGAGGCCCAAAACUAUCCACAGCGUCUGAGCAUUCCCGGAGCGGUGGCUUCACCUGGUCCAGUGCCCCACCGGCAGCCCGUGUUGCGUGUCCGUCGUCCAGGAGCUUCGCUGCGCCAGCAGAAUGCCAUCCUGCCAGCGGUGACGCAACGCAUCACCAUUGAGGAGCCACGCCCUGUCACAGAGUCGGCGGAGGAUGAGCAGCCGGAGCCAUAUCUGCCUAAUCUCUUGCGGGAACAACAGCUGGCCAACUCGCAGCAAUCGCAGUUCCAGCAGGCAGCUGCCGCCUUCCUAGCUGGCCAGCAGCCCAUUGAGCAGCCCUCGCCAGUGCAGCAGUUCCUGCAGAACGAGGACUCCCAGCCAGCUGCCAUCCUGCCAGCUCCCGCUCGCUUCCCCGCCGAACGUCCUUCGAUCCAGUCGCCUUUGAACCGUCCCGCCGCCUUCAACGACUUUGGCAUCGGUCGGUUUGAGAACUCGCAGAGAUUCGGCUUGGAGCGACCCACUCCCACUGCAGCUGCGCCACCACCACCACCACCUCCUCCACAGCCACAGCGGGUGGCUGUGGUCCGGACGAGACCAGCGGUCGCUGCUAACCUGCGUCCAGAGCCACCAGCACCACAGCCCGUGGCCAGGCCACGUCCUAAGCCCGUUCAGCCACGUCCCAUUAUCGAUCAGAAUCAACUGCAGGACGAUAGAGUCGACCAGCAGCAGCAGCGUCGCCGCCAGCCCGUUUCCCAGACCAUUCGCAAGUGGCGCGAGGAGAACGAGGAUGGCAGCAUCACCUGGGGCUACGAGAACGACGAUGGCUCUUUCAAGGAGGAGCUGAUCGGCACCGACUGCAUUACCAAGGGCACCUAUGGCUACAUUGACCCUGAUGGCAACAAACGGGAGUACCACUACGAGACGGGCAUCAAGUGCGAUCCCAACAACCGCAACAACGAGGAGGAGCUGCAGGAGAACGGGUUCAUCAACUACGAGGAGAACCGCGCCGUGCUGCCCAACGGCCUGGAGAUCGAUAUGACGCAGCUGGGCAAGAAGAAGUCGAAGCGCCCCAUUGGCAUCUACAGGAACUGAGAUACUCCCCAGCACCUAACAUAUAGUCCCUUAAGUCAAGCAGCUCGUAGGUUCUCUUACUUGUAUUCCGUUUAUAAUUAUGUCCAUACUCCAUUGAGUGUCAAGUGAAAGAAGAUUAAAUACGAUUAGAAUAGAU